CGAGCAGCAGCGAUGGCAGCUGAGCCGGAGAGCAGCUCCUCCCCGCGGGUCACCUACAGACCCCUCUCCAUGGCAUCCAGCAACAGCAGGAAGAACCGCGACAGCCCGUGGAAGCUGCGGCUGGUUUACCUGCAGUGCUAUUUCCUUACAAUUGCCUUCAUUUUAGGAACUGGAAUAUUAGGACUGCCAGGAACAGUGGCACAUGCUGGCCUGCAACCUUUUUUGGUCUCGUUUAUAACGGGAUUUUUUAUGCAGGUGCUGUUGAUUUAUCUUUUUGUGGACUUAUUGCAACGAUGUCACGUAGCUCAGCUGGAGGCCGUGAAGCAGUUUGUGGUGGAAAUGCAGGAUGUUGGUGACCAAGGUCCUGUUCCAGGUUCCACAUUAGAUGAAGGAGAAGAAGAAGAUGAUGCCGAGGAUGCAGAUCAUGUUUUAUUGCAGCAGACUGUUGAAGUGGAUCGUUCUGUAAAGGAUCAUUCACCGAACCUGCACAUGCUGGGGGUCCUCUUCCUCAACAAGUAUCUGAGUAGCUUUUUCAGCAUUCUCCUCAUCCUGCAGUUCGUUUCCAUUGGAAUCAGUUAUGUCUUGGCCGGCAGUGAAGCCUUUGGUGAACUUUUACACAUCAGGCACAUAUACAUCAUUCCUUUCUUCACGUGGAUUUUGUCUUUGGGAAUCAUUUUGGCUCAAGUGAUCAUACAACCAAUCACAUCCAUUUUGACCCUGGCAAAAGGAACCCUGUUGGUGAUCACCGUGAUGGUGAUCUUUGUCGUGGGCUCCGAGAUCCACCAAGAAAUAAGCAAUGAUUUCUCCAGCAUUGGCACGCCGUUCCUGAUGGGCACUGUUGCACUCGGGGGCGUUGUAAAUGUGAUGCCAAUGCUAUUUUCAGAUAUUUCACCAAACAGAUCUCAGGUCCUGUGGUUUCGGAGGGCGGUCAUCGGAGGCCUCGCUACUUGUGCUGUGCUGAAUAUUUUCUGGUGUUGGGCCGUAUUGAAUAUUGUUCCCCAGACAUCUGUCCGCAAAAUUCCCCACGAUGACCAUUUGAAGCCGAGUCUCCCCGGUGUACACGAGACGGGAGUAGACUACGUUAUCGUCUACUCCAACAUCUCUUUGGAAGCAUCAGAAAAGGCAGGAGAAAUAGCCACAGUUCCUCUCACAAAGAUUAUAAUGGAACAGUACAGAAGAUUUGCCUGGGUGGCCUGGUUUACGGAGAUUUUUAUCACUAUCAGCAUUACAGUUUCAUUUUUAGUCCUUGGAUCAGCAAUGAAACAUACAUUGGAAGGCUGGGUGGAUUCUUUCUGGAACAGAAGAUGUGAAGAUGCUUCUGAACAGUGCGAGAAGUCCUGUUCACAUCUUACCAAGAUUAAAGAUUUAAAAAGUGUCACUCAAGGAUUAGUUUGUCUUCUGGGAUUCAGCAUUAUUUUUGUGGUGUCUCUGUCUAAUCCAAAGGGAUUUGUCAUUGUGCUUGACAAAGUGGCCUCGUUUACUUUAAAUCUUGAAGCGGGUCUAUUCAUUUUUCUAAUGGUGCGCAGCGCUCACUCAGAGCCCUAUAAACAUUUAACGGUGCCUUUGCCUGUGAGCCGAAGGAUCUUGAUGUUACACUGGCUUCUCCCAGUUUACUUCCUGUUUGCUGUGGCGUACGACAUUUGUCAGUCAUUGACUUUGCUCGCAGCUGGGUGGCAUCCAAUGGAUUUGUUGUCAAGGAACGGCACAGUGUGAAACACCAACCCAAAGCCUGAAAAUGGAAACGUAUACGUUAGCUCUGGGUGUGUAGGAAGGAACUGCAGAUACUGGUUUAAACCGAAGAUAGACACAAAAUGCUGGAGUAACUCAAGGAAUGGGUGACGUUUCAGGUCGAGACCCUUCUUCAGAUUAGUCUGAAGGGUCUCGACACGAAACAUCGUGUAUUCCUUUUCCCCAGAGAUGCUGCCUGUCCCGCUGAGUAAUGCCCCUGUCAACUUAGGAAAACUUAACGGAAACCUGUGGUGACUUUGCGCCCCACCCAAGGUUUCCGUGCGUUUCACGGAGGUUUUUGUCAGUCUCCCUACCUGCAACCUCCAGCAACCACCUGCAACCUCCAGGAACCGCACGGAAACCUUGGGUGGGGCGCAGUCUCCAGAGGUUUCCGUUGUGGGACAGGGGCAUUACUUAUCAUUAGCUUUGGAUGCCUAGAUUUGGAAAAGGAAAAACUGGAGAGAAUCAGCAUCUCAGGCUGUAGAGAGAAUAUGUAAUAAUAAUUUACUCCAAUAGUGCUCAAUUAUGUUUUCUAUUCUGAAAUAAUAUAAUUCUAGCAAUUUGCUUUAAAUAUUGUCUUCACUGCAUUAUUUGUAAAAUUACAAUUACUGGUAUAACAUUCCAGCCCUAUUGAGGAAAAUGUCAGAUUUUAAAGCAGCUUUCAUUCAGGGAAGAAAGAUUUCCUGGAGCCUGAUAUAUGAAUGUUAUUUAAGUUAAACGCUGGAAAAUAGUUCUCCGCAAUUUCUUGGUUCACUCGUCCCAAACCACUCCCUCCAACCACAAGAGAUGUAACACCUGCCCCUGUACUUUCUCCCUCACCGCCAUCUAGGCACUCCAACAUCUUUCCAGAUGAGACAGGUGUUCACGUGCACCUCCUCCAGUGCCUGAGUUACCUAAUAAAGGCAUUAAUUCUUAGAUAACAAUUUCCAUAUCAGUGGCUAUCUUUGGAAAAGGAUGUCACUUUAGAGGUUGACCUUACUCCUGUUCAGUUUUCAUUGAUUUAUUAAUCCAUAGUUAUGAAAUGCUGUAUGCUAAAAUUCCCAUUUCAAACCUAAAAAUAUUAUUAAGUCAGGGCAGGCAUGGCAGUAUUAAAUAUUCUAUCACUGUUCAGAUCAUUUAUUUUGGUCACCUACAAAUUAAGUUCAGAUGACAGUAGGUUUGAGGAACUGUCCCUAAGCUCAUCGCCCUCUUAACAAGAGCAAAGUGCUAAAAUAACUAGUGUACGAUAUCUUUCAUUCAUUUGUUCCACGUCUCUCUCACAGUCUAUAUCUCUCGUUUCCCUUUCCCCUGACUCUGUCUGAAGAAGGUUCUUAUUGACACCUAUUUCUUUUCUCCAGAGAUGCUGCGACCCACUCUACCUUCUGCUAAAAUAAUUUAGUGGUUAGAGCCAACAUUCAAGAUCCAGGUCUUAAUGUUACGUCUUCACAUGCGAAAAGCAACAAAAUGUUGUCAUUCUGCACACAUUUAUAUAUUUAACAAAAAGGGUACACAUCCUGCUGCAGGAACAGUUUGGACAGUGUGGAUUGAGACCUUCCAAUAACUAUGACCAUUAUUUGUUAACUAACCAUCUUUCCAAGCAUACUUACCUGCAGUCAAAUAUAAAUCAGCACUCACCAGAUUAACUCCAUUCAUUUUUCCUCCUUUUCAUUAGUUUUACACCUGAUAAAGUGAAAUAGCUAGGGCAUUAAAAAGGAUGAUUUCAUCAUAAGAUUGUGCGUAGCAGUAUCUUGGACAGCUAACCUUACCUCUUUUCGAAGUCUUAUUUAAGUGUGAGAAAACAUUAACAGUAAAACUCCAAUAAUCUGCUAGACACUGUUGGGAAAUCAUGAAAGUACAUCAUCCAUCUCACUGGAAAUUUCAUUAUACAACUGUACAACAUCUCAAAAGUGAAUUAACUUAAUUUUUAAUUAUGUAUUACUGCAAUACUUCAUUUUAUUGCAGCCUUAAUAAUACAUUAAGUAUUACCUAACUUAAUAAUAUGGUAUCAAUAAGAGUAAUAUUUUAUGUAAUCGAGAGUCCAGCUCUUUAUCACUGCAUGUCCUUCCUUAAAAUAUUUGGUUACAUACAGAUUUCACAUGGUGUCAUUUCUUACUUUGACGAUUUUUAUUUGUGUGUUAUGUCCUCAUUAUUUAUGGGAUGGUUAAAAAUUAUUUGUGCAUCAGAGAUGGAUCUCAAAUUUGACUGUUAUCAAAUACAUUGUAUAUUGUACACUUACUGAAUGACAUUUUGUUUCUUAGCUAUCUCAAGGAGUCAUUAAGGGCCUGUCCCACUUUCACGACCUCUGCCAAGUUUGCCCUUUGACUCAUACUCGCAGCAUGGUCGUCACGAGGUCGUAGGUACUCGUGGCAUCAAGUAGGUCGGGGCGUUUUUCUAGCAUGAGUAAAAAAAGGUUGAGAAUUAGUUCGUAAAAGUGGGACAGGCCCUUUACUUGUCCAGUGAAAAGUAUAGUGAUACUGAAUUAAUGUCAACAGUUCAUCAUUGCUACAAUACUGUAUUAUUUGUGUUAAGUUUAAAA